AAGCAACAGCCUGCGCCCGUAAUAAAACGUAAGAGCGACUUGCAGUCACUUCUCCGGUUGCACAUGUACGGCGGCUGCAGUCUGCCUCUGCGUGUCUGCGCGUUAACGCCAUAAAGGGCUGCAUGGAUUCAUCUAACGGGAAUAUAAACACGUCAUGAAAAGAUUUUAUAUAAUCUAAAGCAAAAAAAAAUGUUUAUUAUGUAUUGCCCCGGUAAGUAGGCGCGCGCUUCCCCAAUCAGGGCCGCGGUAACGCCCCCUAGCGGAAGCGCCGCGCAAGUCAGAUCAGCGCCGCGUCGCCUCGGAGUGAAACUUGUCUCCACCUGGAUAAAGCCGGACUUGGGGCUUUACUGUCCGGCGAGCGGGAGAGAAAAAGAAAGGGAAAGAAAGAAGGAAAGGCGGAGAGACGAUGCGACGGAAACAGAAGCGACUGCUGCAGUUGGCGGGGCUGCUGCUGGCGGCUCUGCUCUUCCUGCCCAACGUGGGUCUCUGGUCCCUCUACCGGGACCGGGUGUUUGAGAACUCGCCGGGGAUCGCAGACGGGCCGGCCGGCAUCGCGCAGGUCCAGUGGCUGAACCCGAGACCAGGGAAGGAGGCACUGCUGGGGCAGGAUGGCGUGAGGAGACGAGACUGGCAUGAUUACGAGGCCAUCAGGAGGGACACGGCACGCUCAGGCAAUGGAGAGCAAGGCAAGCCCUUUCCGCUAACGGACGCCGACCGCGUGGAUCAGGCUUACCGGGAGAACGGGUUCAACAUCUACGUCAGCGACCGGAUCUCCCUCAACCGCUCCCUCCCGGACAUCCGACACACGAACUGCAAGCGGAAGCUGUAUGCCGAGAAGCUGCCCAACACCAGCAUCAUCAUCCCCUUCCACAAUGAGGGCUGGUCGUCGCUGCUUCGCACCGUGCACAGCGUGCUGAACCGCUCCCCCCCAGAGCUCGUGGCCGAGAUCAUCCUGGUGGAUGAUUUCAGCGAUAAAGAGCACCUGAAGGCCUCCUUGGAGGAGUACAUGGUUCGCAUGCCCAAGGUGCGGAUCCUGCGCACCAAGAAAAGAGGCUUGAUCAGGACCAGACUAUUGGGAGCCUCUGCAGCCAGGGGUGAGGUCAUCACAUUCCUGGACUCCCACUGUGAAGCAAACGUGAACUGGCUGCCCCCCCUAUUGGAUCGGAUCGCCCAGAACCGCAAGUCUAUCGUCUGCCCGAUGAUCGACGUGAUCGAUCAUGACAACUUCGGCUAUGAGACACAGGCCGGCGACGCCAUGCGGGGGGCCUUUGACUGGGAGAUGUACUACAAGCGCAUCCCCAUCCCAGCAGAGCUGCAGAAGGAGGACCCCAGCGAGCCGUUCGAGUCUCCCGUCAUGGCUGGAGGGCUCUUUGCCGUCAACAGGAAGUGGUUCUGGGAGCUCGGAGGAUAUGACGCGGGGCUUUGAGAUCUGGGGGGGGAGCAGUAUGAGAUCUCCUUCAAGGUCUGGAUGUGUGGCGGCCGAAUGGAGGACAUUCCCUGCUCUCGGGUCGGCCACAUCUACAGGAAGUACGUCCCGUACAAAGUUCCGGGCGGCGUCAGUUUGGCCAGGAACCUGAAGCGCGUGGCGGAGGUGUGGAUGGACGAGUACGCCGAGUACAUCUACCAGCGGCGGCCCGAGUACCGGCACCUGUCCGCCGGGGACGUCGCAACGCAGAAGGAGCUGCGGAGCAGUCUGGGCUGCAAGAGCUUCAAGUGGUUCAUGAUGGAGGUGGCCUGGGACUUGCCCAAGCACUACCCGCCUGUGGAGCCGCCCGCCGCUGCGUGGGGAGAGCUACGCAACUCGGGCAGCGGCCUGUGUGUCGAGAGCAAGCACUUCGCCUCGGGGUCGCCGAUACGUCUGGAAAAGUGCCAGAAGGGGCGGGGCGAGGCAGGCUGGAGCCACGGACAGGUGUUCACGUUCGGCUGGAGGGAGGACAUAAGGCUGGGUGACCCCUUGCACACUAAGAAGGUCUGCUUCGACGCCAUCUCACCCAACAGCCCCGUGACGCUCUAUGACUGCCACGGCAUGCGGGGCAACCAGCUGUGGAAGUACAGGAAGGAUAAGAGCCUGUACCACCCAGUCAGUAACAGCUGCAUGGACGGCAGCACCUCAGAGAAGAAGGUCUUCAUGAACACGUGCGACUCCAGCUCUCCGAGCCAGCGCUGGAUAUUCGAGAAGACCAACGGCACCGUGCUGGAGCAGUUCGGUAACGACAUCUGAGUUCCGGUCGACCUCCUCCACCUGCUCCCUUCCGACGAGGAAGAAACCAACUCAGGAAUGUGCUCUGCAGUGGGAUGUGUUUGG